AUGGGUCUCUUUAUAUUUGCGCAAAGUAACCUAGAACGCGCAAAAAGAGAACUCAAAAGGCUACGAGAUGAGCUAGCCGGUGCUAACAAGAAGAGCGACAUUUUGUUCCUGCUGGACACCUCCGGAAGUUUGUCGUCCUAUGAGUUUCAAACUGAAAAGGGAUUCGUCAUUAACUUUUUGAACACUAUAACUGUUAGCAUGGGUGCUACCCGAAUAGAAGUCAUACCUUUUGCCGACACAGCGAGCCGAUACAUAGACGGAGUUUCCGCUCCCUUCUUGGACAAGCACAAGUGCUCGCUGGUUGAAACGUUCAAGUCUAUGCCUCAAAGCAUCAAUGAUGUCAACAGAAAUACAUAUGAAGCCUUUAAACUGGCCUUCGAUGUCUGCCUUGGACAAUUAAGCGCUAUGAAAAGGGUUCCCUUGUCUCUAGUGAGAACUGUCGUUAUUCUCGUCACAGUUGGACCUUGGCAAGGCCAGAGCCCUGCUUCUAUUGCCAAGAAUCUACAACAGGCUAAUAUUGAGGUAUUUGUGAUUGGCGUCGGAAACAGCUUUCUCGAGAACAACUUACAAAAGAUAGUUAAUAAUGCAGACAAACAAGCCUUUUACUUCAGACCCUUUCAGGAGUUUACUGAACUGUCGGUUUUUCUUAGAGGAGGUGAGUGAACGCCGGAAGCUUUAAUUUUUACAAUUGUUUUUUUGCAUAUUUGGAUGUAGAAAGUAAUACAACAACAAUCUUUAUUUGCAAGACCACACAAGUACAUACAGUAUUUCUAAAGCUAUUUAUAUUAAUUAUGUUGUAAGAAUAAGAACCAAAAAUUAAUCACCGGACGGUUUAACUUCUCUUAUACGUCGCAAAAUAAUAAAAAAUAAAUUUGAUAAAAUAAAUAAAUACUACUAAUAAUUAAAAUUCCAACAAUUAUAACAAUGAUAGUCUUACACUCGAAUUAAGUUUAGUUAGUCAGUGAUUUGAAGUUACGAGCCUGAUUACUCUGAACUUAACGACACAAAGUCCUAUUACCAUCAGUCAUGUGAUAAUAAUCUUAGGAAUGGCACGAGGAGCCGCAAGGGGUGAUAUUUUUGCACGGCAUCUGGCGGCACAUCAAAGAAUUUGGAAUUGAAGGGCAAAUUCCUAGAAUAUCUUCGCCAGUUAAGCUAGAGAAAAGGUGUUAGAAAACCUCAGGAUCCAAAACAACACGUCAAUCAAAAUAUCACUUGGACCUUUUCGCUAAUGAAGAGCUAUCACGCGGCUAAGCUUGAAUUAGACAUAUAUUGAAAUAGGAACUCGUGUCAAUAAAGUAUCAGAAGUGAGCGGGAAUCGCUCCUGGUUAAAAAACUGGUUCACAGGGAUAUGCAUCUCUUCUAGUUAAGAGAAGGGAAUCAGAGCUGCUUUUCAUGCAGGAACAGGUUUUCUUCGGGCUAACUACAAAACCUCAGCUUAUUUCACUCCUUGACAUUGUCAAAGCGCAUUUUGUAAAGAUAACUUUUUCCGCUUUAUGAGCUUUUUUUAUAUUCUAUUCCAUAAAUGUUUAACCUCCCUCAAAAAGCCAAGUAAUAUAAAUGCUGUUGUUAAAAAAAGCGUUUUACUUGUUUACGUGAAUUCGCUACCCAAAGAUCACUAUGCUGAAAGGACAGGGCAAAAUUUCCAGGAGAGAGGCAUUAAUUUUUUUUCCCACGAGGUUACAAAGAGAAAAUGCAAUGAUUAUUAUUAAUGUAACCAUCAGGUAUACUCUACCCACGAGUUUACGGACAGCAAAUGCAGUGAUUAUUAUUAAUGUAGCCAUCGGGUAUAUUCUACCCACGAGGUUACAAAGAGAAAUGCAAUGAUUGUUAUUAACGUAACCUUCAGGUAUGUUCUACCCACGAGGUUACAGAGAGCAAAUGUAGUGAUUAUUAUUAAAUGUAACCGUCAGGUAUAUUCUACCCACGAGGUUACAAAGAGAAAAUGCAAUGAUUAUUAUUAACGUAACCUUCAGGUAUGUUCUACCCACGAGGUUACAGAGAGAAAAUGCAGUGAUUAUUAUUAAAUGUAACCGUCAGGUAUAUUCUACCCACGAGGUUACGGAGAGCAAAUGCAGUGAUAUUAUUAAUGUAACCAUCAGGUAUGUUCUACCCACGAGGUUACAAAGAGAAAGUGCAAUGAUUAUUAUUUACGUAACCUUCAGGUAUGUUCUACCCACGAGGUUACAGAGAGCAAAUGCAGUGAUUAUUAUUAAAUGUAACCGUCAGGUAUAUUCUACCCACGAGGUUACAAAGAGAAAAUGCAAAGAUUAUUAUUAUCGUAACCUUCAGGUAUGUUCUACCCACGAGGUUACAGAGAGCAAAUGCAGUGAUUAUUAUUAACGUAACCUUCAGGUAUGUUCUACCCACGAGGUUACAGAGAGCCUGCAAAUGCAGUGACAAUUAUUAGAUUUUAGUGCAACUAUCAGGUUGAGUUCCUCCAUUAAAAGAGUUUUUUGCUAGGGUUAAACAAGUUUGGCUUUCAUGAGUUUCAAGGUGCAAGAAAUUAUCAGUAUAAUUAUAGCACACAAACAUUGUCAUCUAAUUUUUCGCACGUAGCCGGAAUAAGCCAAGAAAUGAAGCAUAUAUAACGAAAAAUCGUUCUCAGAUGAUCUUCAUAUUAAAUAAAUUAUACUAAACGUUGCGAAAGAAAUUAUUGUUCGUAUCCGUCUUAUCCAUUGUAAAAGCGAGGGGUCAUCGCAUGACAUCCGGUAUAUUAAACAGAGGUAAUACUCACGGGUUUCACGAGUUGUAUGCACUAUUUUUCGCCGAGAAACAAAUUUAAACUUCAAUUCUUACCUUACAGUAGUCCGUUCUUUUACCUUGCAUUCGACAACAAAUCUGUUAAAGGCGAACAAAGCGAUUCCGGCACUCUUCUUUAUGAUGAGUAGCAAGCCGCAGGAACUGAAGCCGCUUGACUGAAGUAAAAUCCACCGAUAUGCACGGCAUUCUCACUACAAAUAUAAACAAACGUUGCGGGGAAAAAAACGACGAGGAGGAAAAAUGCCAGAUCUUCGCCUUGGCAAUGUAUUCCAGCUACCAUGCCGGCGUAUCUCCAGAAGGUGGACUCGAAGUGAGACAAACCUUGUGAAUUUUUUUAGACGCCCUUUGCGCGCAAACUAAUUUAUUCUGGCGCGAAAUGAAGAUUAACAAUAGGUAUACUGAAAUCUAAUCCACGACAAGAAGAUUUUCGCACUGUAGCGCGACAUAUUAAAUGCCUAUUUUUACAAGUAUGCGGAGAAAGUGGUCCACUAGUUUAACUUUUUUAAGAUGAAUUUACUCCACAAAGGCAAAAUGAAUGUUUUAUCUCUAUGUUGUUUACGUGCCGGAUUAGAAGGCAGAAGUAAAUUCAUCAUACAGACCCCAUCAAAAUGAAAGUACACGAAUGAAACGGAAUAAGUCUGGAACGGUUUAGUUUCUACUCGGCAGCUUCUUUGCUUUUAUAACAAAAAUUUAAUGUUGCAGUCUGUUUUAAACGUUGGCAUAUCAACGCGUACAGUCACUGAAUGAAAACAACAGUCACGAUCACGUUCUUCGAAACCGACCAGACGCGCGCGACCUACCACUGUUAUGGCAAGCAAUUAUCCUGAAGGUGUUAAUGUUCCCGUGACAGUCUUCGCACUGAAGGUGUAAAUGGUAAACCGAACGGUCGCUUUGAUCAUCAGAAAGACCUGUCAACUUUGAUGAUUUAACUGAUUAAAUUACGGGACAGAAAUUUUACUCCUUGCGGCUCCUCGUGUGAUAUUUAUCAAAGUACAAAGUUGCAUUAUCAUUACGGCGAUCAAUUAUUAACUGUCCACAGACUGUAACACAAUAAGAGAGUGACUAGCUAUAAUCAUAACUUAUUUUGUUUUAUUUCUUACAAGAA